GAGCCAGACGGCGCUCCGAGGGGGCGGGCCCGGCUGCGUGCUUGGCGCUGGAGGUGGGAGGGCUGUUUUAAAGGCAGGGGCGGGGGGCGGGUCCGAUGCUUGCCGCGCUCCCUCCGCAGAGCAUGGCUUGGCUGGGCUGGCUGCUGCGGAUCCGAGCGCUGCUUGCAACCUUCGCCGCUUCUUCUUGCAGGGCCCUGAGCGGCGCUUUCCAUCGGUGCGCGGCCAGGCAGCGCUUUCCCCGAAUGCCCAUGGCUCUGGCGGGUCCCCUCCUGUUCCGCAUCGGGUGAGUUUGGAGACCCGGAGAGGACUCUGCGGCUGGAUCCUUCUGAUCCGAGGAGGACGAGAUCAUUUCUCUGAUCCGACGGGUGCUGCAAAUGGGGAAGUCUUGCCGAGGUUACUAGGGGGAGGCCUGGUGUUUUUUUAAGGGGUCCCAACGGUUGUAUUGUUGCAGAAGGAGAUGUCUAGAGCAAAGGUUGCAUGCGGGGGGGGAUCGGGUUUGGGGGGAUCUGUUUGCCUGCUUAGCUCUUGCUUUAUAAUUGAGUGGGAAGAGGAUCUGUUAAGAUGGGGCGGGGGGAAAGAGCGGGUAUGUGAGCGCGCGGCCCGCGCGCUCCUGGAUAUAACGAUGAAUUUUGCAAGUGGAAUGUCAAUAUGAUUUGGUGGCGAUGUUAACGGGCAGCGAGAGUUAUGCGGUUUUUAAGAUAAGGCAGGUUGCUUUUGGUACGAGGGGAAGCCGGGCUGUACGGAUCCGGGGGGGGGGGGCGCCUGUCGAUUUGGGGGACUAGAUAGAACAGUCGUGGACCAAAGUGCCAUUAGCCCAGGUAUAAGAGUGUAGUGCGUGAAGGAAUUUCCUGUGCGAUUCUGCGGGAGGUUAAUCAAGAGAAGCUUUGAAGCGCUAUAGUUGAAAGUCCCGUCGAGAAGCGGCGCGUAUUUGCAUUGGCUGUAGGAGAAGCGUGGAUCGGUGCCUGCCUCUCUGGAACCCGGUAAAUUAAUUGCUUUUGGAAGGGAGAGAUUUCAGUUGCAUGCAUUUCAUCAGAGGAAUAUCUACGGAGCCUUAAUAUGCAUGCAUGCACGCGUGCACUGUUAAGAAAUAGCCCUGCAGAAGUAUAUAUUGAAAUCGGUGAGAGUGCGUGGAAGGUAGAUUUCGGAUCUACCGGUAGACCUCUGAUUUGCAGUAGAUCCGUUGUUGCUUGACUAUAGCAGCAACAACAAAAAUGUUUUUCCCACCCAAAUUGGACUGCUGAAGUGAAGAAAGCUAACUAGGGGUGGACUUUGUGUGUGAAAGGACUGUGAACAGAGUUCACUUCUGGAACAGAAAACAAAUGCUUUAGCUGAGAAUGUGCUCUGAGGGGCCUUUUUAAUUCUAAUGGGGCAGAUCCAAAUGCGCACAUGCAAUGCACAUUUAAAUAGCAUGACUUCCCUCAAGGAAUUCUGGGAACUUUAGUAAAGGGUGUUGAAAGCUGUUGAGAACUGUAGCUUUGUGAUGGGGCGAGUAUAGUUUCCAAUAUUCUUUGGGGGGGGGGGGAGAAUGUGCUGCAAAUGUGCACUGUAUGUACUUUAAAUGUGUACUGUAGAUCUCCCUAAGGUAUAUCUUUUGCACCUGGUUUUAGCAGGUAAAUCUUGGAGCACUAUUUAAAAAGCAGAGACUUACUUAGUGACGCCAGGGGUUGAAACAGGGACUUAUUGUAUGCAAAGCAUGUUCUCUACAGCUGACUGACAGCUCUUCCCUUUAUAUACUUCUUCAGCCCUUAACUCUGCCCACCCCUGAUCUAGGGGACUGUGAGAGUUAUGUUACAGAUAUGCAUGAUAUAAUGCUAAGAAUGCCUUUCUGAGGCGUAGGAUGCUGCUUGUACUGUGGUGUUUAGUUUUGGUCAGAAAUUGUUCUUUGUAUUAACUUUGCUUUGGAAAAAUCCUGUUCCUGUGAUGUGGGACUAACAGAUGGACAAGGAAAAUAGAUAAUAUUUUUUGCAACCUUAUGGUUGCAAAAGAGAUUUAUGAUGUGUAUACUUUAUGGUUUACUCUGCCUUCAGUUUGCUCCACCACUUGUGUUUGAAGCUGACCACACAAGAUGUUAGCCAUAAUUCUUAUGUAUGCUGUAGUUUUUAAUGGAAUACUUCUGUUUUGAUGUAUUUCUCCUCAAACCAGCUUCCCUCUGAUUUGAAAAUGGAAGGUGAGGUGUGUACGUUCAAGGCAGCCCCUGCACAUGUGCAGAGAACAGCUUCAUUGAAUAGGAGUUUGGAGGGGGUGUUACAAGUGCAGGGAAACAAAUUGGGUAAGGUUUGUUGGGUGAAGACAUCCCCACACCUCCCUGGUGUGUACAGCGAUGUGAAAAUGAAACUUGAAACACAGGGAGAAAAUGACCUGUGUGUGUUUUAAGAUACCUGAAGGAGCAUCUUCACACCCCCCCCGCAUCGUUCAGCCCCGGACCCUGAGGUCCAGCUCCAAGGGUCUUCUGGCAAUUCCCUCACUGUGAGAAGUGAGGCUACAGGGGACCAGGCAGAGGGCCUUCUCGGUAGCAACACCCGCCCUGUGGAACACCUUCCCAUCAGAUGUCAAGGAAAUAAACAACGAUCUGACAUCUGAAGUCAGCCCUGUUUAGGGUUGUUUUUAAUGGUUGAUGUUUUAUUAUUAUGAAUAAUAAUCUGUUGGGAGCCGCCCAGAGUGGCUGGGGUAUAAAUAAUAAAUUAUUAUUACUAUUAUUAUUUUAUUAUCAUUAUUACCGUAUUAUGAAUUAUUGCUAAUAUGAGCUGACAUCCCCUCCUUUCUGCUACAUUGGCAAUACACUUUUUUUUUUUAAUGGAACAGUAAGUAGUUUGGAUAACUGGUUUUCAGGGAUUACAUCUAAGAUUACUUUGGAGGUGGGCAGAAGCAGUUGCAUCUAUGCAUGUUGGGGAUUGGGGAACAGCCGUGGCUCAGUGGUAGAGCAUCUGCUUUGCAUUCAGAAGCUCCCAGGUGCAAUCCCUGGCAGCUUCAGGUAGGUCUGGGGUUGUCCCCCCAUCUAAAACCCAGGAGAGCUGCUGGCAGUCGUCGUAAACAAAACUGAGCUAGAUGGGUCAGUGGUCUAACUUCGAAUGGCACCUUCCUCGAUUCCCAAAGAAUGUCUGAGUUCUGCACAGCUCUGAUCACUUACCUUUAGCUCGCUACAGAGCACUUAAUGGACCGUGAAGUUUUUCUUUUGUUCUGCAUCCUAGUAGAUAAAAAUGAACAGAGCCUUCCACUGCCACAGCUGCAUUUUGCCUGCUUUUCUUGGGAAUGGUCAGCUGUUUGCAACAUCUGACAUGUGCGUGAUAUCCAGAAAGCUCCCUGCUGUUCACAGGAGAGCAGAACGACAGUGGCUGUAGCUUUCUGGGCCCAUACAAUGCUUGACAUGAAUGCAUAUCCCGCAGCUUCUGGAGAUUCCCAUUCAUUCGCUAUUGGAAAUGCUCUGCCUGUGUUUGUGUGUGCGUAUUCAUUCUUUACAAAUCUUUCCAUGCUGCCGAGUAUGGAGUUACAGAAUGGGUCAGAAACUGCAGGAAGAGAAAGGGUGAGUGGUGAUGGUGAGGAAGUGGCACAUUAACCAGAAAGGUAGGAAGGGAGAGCACAGAGGCAGAAGGAAAGACUCUUUAGGUUGCUUGAGGAAAAGAACCAUGUGCUUUUAGAAACAGAAAGAAGAAAAGGCUUGCAACAUCCACCAUGUGGGAGAUGACUGUAACGCAGGAAAAAGAGGCUUUCCUUUUUCCUAUAUCUAAUAGUAGGUCUUCCAAGUCCUACACUGCUUAGAUAUGCUGGGGUUUUUUUAUUAUUAUUAUUCAAAGUUAUAACAAAACAUAUUUUUAAUGUACACCAGGGAUGGAGAACCUGGCUCCUUCUGAUUGUUGUUGGACUCCCAACUCCCAGCAUGGCGACGGUCAAGGGAUGACAGAUGUUGUUGUCCAGCAAUAUGUGGAGGCCACAGGUUCUUCAUCCCUGAUGUACUCGGUGCUAAAAGGUUCUUGCACUGUGACCAGUGGCGUAGCAAGGUCAGGUGGUACCCGGAACAGAAAAUUUCUUGUCACCCCCCCCCCCCCAUUGAAAUUAUUAAAAGGAAAAAUAAGAUACUUGAGGAUCGUGGCAAGCAAGCAGCAGAGUCUUAGAGCCAUGCAGAAUUCUUUUAAGAGAUCUGACAUAUUUCUUAACUGAGCCCAAAGGCUGUUGGCCCAUCCAUCUCAAUGGUAUCUACAGCUGGCAGCUGUUACCCAGUGUUUCAGAUGGAGGUGCUUCCACGCCCUACUUGGAAGUGUUGGGGAUUGGUGUCCGGGGCUGUUUGCAUGCUGUGCAUGUGCUCUGCCACUGAACAACAGCCCUUCCCCUUAGAUACUUCCUCAUCCAUAUCCAAAUUUGGCACCCUCUCAAAGGAGAUGAUUUUACUAAAAGUGUUUGAGGGGUUGGUGGUGUGUGACUCGGUUGUAACGGAACAGAGGUCAGCCCUGGAACAUGUAAGGAAAAGGUGUUGUGAAUAUGAGAAUGCCAUCUGCUGAACGGGGACAGUAGAAUGCUUCUGGAAAGAAGAUUUAAUUCCAGGCAAGGACUUUCUCGCUGCUGCUGGCUUCCUACCCCCCCUGUACUGAUCCAAGUAAAUGUGAAAUACCUUUUGUGAACCAGAAAAAAGAUGCUAUCAUUAAGGGACACUUGAAUUGUGCUGUGGUGACAUAUGCAUGUCUCACAGAACUGAUGCACUUAACUCUUUGUUGUUGCAGCAAAACUCUGAAGCUAGCUGCUAAAAUGUUAUUGUGAAGGCUUUGUUAAAAUCCUGGACCUGUAAUCAAAAUAUCUCAUACAAACAUAGGAAACUGCCUUACACAGAGUCGGACCAGUAUUACCAAAAGUGCUUAUUGCUUAGUAUUGCAGCAGCUCUCCAGGGUUUCAGACAGGAAGUCUAUCCCAGCCCUUCUUGGAAAAGUCAGGGAAUGAACCCGGGGUCUUCUGUACGUGCAAAGUAGAUGUUCUACCACUGAGCUGUGGCUCUUCCCUUUUCACAAUAAGGUACCAUUUUUUGUGCAAGUAGCAGGUACUUCAGAAAAUAAAUAAAUCCACAGGCAUCUAGAAAUGUAAUGCUCUGCCCGGGUGAUCAGUUAUCAGAAGUAUAAGCGAGAUCUGCAACAAAAUGUUGUGGUAUGGGGUGGUGGUAUUUAGGUUUCCAUUCACUUCAUUCCUCACCUGCAAAUUUGUACUUAUGCAAAUCUUGAGGUUCCUCCAAGCUGGCUGAUGCCUUUCUCUCUUUUGUGUGGGUGGUUUUGGCUGCCUAAGCAAUUAUACCCUCAGCUUUCACAUCAUAAUAGUAGGAAUGAUGCAUAUAUCACUUUUCCUUUGUGCUCUGACCACUUCAUGGUAUCUUAGUAAUCUUUAUGAUGCUAUAAGGCAAGGCAAUGUUAUUAAUACUCAUACUACAAGUAUUAAGGGGAGCUUAAGACUGUGAUGGGCUUAUCUUGGCAUUCUUCCAAGCAAAAACUUAUAUUUUGGGGGUGAGGGGAUCACUGGAGCCAGAGUAAGUGGUAAUGUGUAUGCAACCUUGAUUUUAUUUAAAAAUCAAAACCCAAUCUGUUGCAUUCCAGGGACAAAGCAUAAAUAAACCCCUUAGAAGACGGUUUGCUCCCAGGCAGUAUAGGAUUGUAGUAAAAAAGAGAAGGUCACAUGAUUAUGAAUAUUUCAUUAGAUUUAACUCAAAAGUUUGCAUUAAAGUUAGCUAGACUUACAUCUUCUUUUGCUUCCUUGAUGUAAUUGUGCACAACCCUGCUAAUGAAUUUCUCAAAUGCAAUGCUUUCAUUUUCAGCCAAUUCUUGAAUGCCUGGCAGUUCUAGUUCUUCAUUUCAUACACUAAUUAGUUUAUUCACAUGAUCAGGCAGAAGGCAUGACCUUUCAGAACAUAGCAUUCUAUUCAGCGAUGACAAAGAGUGCUGAACUAUAUGGUGCUUGUGUUGGGAAAUUGCCAGAUAAGAAGUCCUACUUGGUUCAUUCCAGGAAACACAGCACUAAGACAGAAUCAGAAUGUUUCCCCACCCCAACUGGAAAAAAAGACACUGCUGCAUCUGACAGGUGGAUUUGGGAAUCUCCUGCUGCUGUAAAGAGAUGCCAACUGGAAAGCCUUGGCCUUGCAUGUUAAUGCAAUGAAUUAUAUAGAGUGGCAGGACAGGCUGUGCCUGCCUGCUCUUAAAGGAGGGUGUGUGCACAUGUGGCCCUAGGGACAUUCACACAGGCCUACAACCUGACUUCUUCAGUACUGGGGAUCAGUGUAAUAAAGCCUGGUCUUGAGCCACUAUAAUAGAUGCCUGCUCAUUUCUGAACCUGCCCAGCAGCUGAGAUCAUCACCAGUGAAGCUACUUGGGAUGCCCCUUACUUUAGAGAGAACCAGUGGUGUAGUGGUCCAGGAGGGUUGCAUAGGGCCAAAGACCUAUUACUGUUUCUGCAGCAGAGUCCCUGCCUCCAUCACCCUAUCAGCAUGAUAGGGGAGAAGAUAUUGGAGCACCCCAAAUCAUUUUCCAAGCAUAGGCACAGAAAAUAGUAGAUCUAGCUGAUCAUGGAGACUUGCAUGCCAUUGCUUGUUACGGUGCUUGUUUAUUACGAAUGUACAAUGUAUAAUCAUUGUAUAAUCUUUCAAGGUUAUGACUGUCAUAAAGGGACCCUGUAGUUCUGUCACUAAACUACUAGAGGAAAGACUUUUGUCACUGUCCACUUACUUAUAGAACUUCCUCCAAGAGGAGAUCUCCUUGCCAUCUUUGUUUAAGAACCAGGUGAGGCCUAUCUUGUUUACUGUGGCUUCUGCUGAAUUAAAUUGUUCUUGUUGAACUUUUACUUCUGGUUUUUCUUUUGGGCUAGGGUUGGUCAGCCAACUGCUGAGUCACUGCUCCUUUUAUUGGUCUCUUUGUCUUCUGGCAUGCUUUUGGAAUUCACCUCUUGCUUGAUUUAUUUCUUUUUGAUUAUACUGGUGUCGUUAGGAGGCUUUAUUAAGCUGCCUUGGAUGCCAGCUUAGGGCAGUAAAAGUGGUAUACAAUUCCUCUCCACCACAGUAAAUCAAUCAUUCAACAGGUGACUAUUUACACAAGCAUGUUCUUGAUUGCGGCCAAAUAAUGAGCUGUCAUUUGAUUGGUGACUCAAGCCUACUUAAUUUAAUUAUAAAUAUGCUGCAUGAUGGGAAAGCGUAGAAGUACUCUAGGCACCUGGUAUUAUCUGAGCAUGCUUGGGAUGAAGAUGUUGCUAUACACUUCACAACAGUGAGAAGUCCUAGGAAUGACACCCCCGAGGAAAAAAGUUUUCCCAAGCAGUUUUAUCAAGAAGCACUGGGUUAAGUGUUCCUCAAAAAGCCUUAGGAACCAUUUUUUAUUUUUAUGGUUGCUUUUCCUUUUUUCAUUUUCCUCUUUAGCAAAGUUUCCCCAAUCAUGUUUAUGCCACAGAAGAAAAUAGACAGGUAUUUGCAUGUUUUCUGCUGUGGAGCAGAUUGCAACUUGUGGGGGAUGAGGGUGGCUGGGGAAUUUAGACUGGAGAAAAUCAGUGUUCUGGGAUGGAGUGUUAAAUCCCACUUAGAAUCAUAGAAUAGAAUCAUAGAAUCAUAGAAUCAUAGAGUUGGAAGAGACCACAAGGGCCAUCGAGUCCAACCCCCUGCCAAGCAGGAAACACCAUCAGAGCACUCCUGACAUAUGGUUGUCAAGCCUCUGCUUAAAGACCUCCAAAGAAGGAGACUCCACCACACUCCUUGGCAGCAAAUUCCACUGUCGAACAGCUCUUACUGUCAGGAAGUUCUUCCUAAUGUUUAGGUGGAAUCUUCUUUCUUGUAGUUUGGAUCCAUUGCUCCGUGUCCGCUUCUCUGGAGCAGCAGAAAACAACCUUUCUCCCUCCUCUAUGUGACAUCCUUUUAUAUAUUUGAACAUGGCUAUCAUAUCACCCCUUAACCUCCUCUUCUCCAGGCUAAACAUGCCCAGCUCCCUUAGCCAUUCCUCAUAAGGCAAUCCAAUUUGGGUAGGGUAGCCAGAUUUGAGAGGACGGUUCCUAUCCCUUUGUGUGUAGUAGAGGAAAUGUAAGCACAUUGUAGCUUCUACACCUGCUGAAAUUUCCCUCUUCUAUAGAACUCUUAAAAGUGCAGAAGUCCUGUCCUCUCUUUUCUCCCCUUACUCUGGCCAUUCAAAAUAUUUGCAGCCCUGGGAUCCAACUGCAGAUGGUUUGUGUCCUUCUUUCAGUCCUGACAAAGCCCUGGAAAUCAGUCUUUCCUUGUAGUUGAUAACAUUCUGGAUUUUGCAACUCUGCUCCAUAGCAUAGUUUUUUAAUCUGAACCACCAAUGCUCUGCUUUGCAAAUACUGUAUCUUGUUGUCUGCAGCUAUUAUGCUAGGGGGCCCAACUACUUGUUGCAAAUGCUUCUUAUGAAGCACCCUGACUGAGUACUUUAAUAUGAAGCAGCCUUAGGAAAUUAUAGUUUUAAGAAGUGGUGUGACAGUACAGUACCCUAAGGUGCUUUUCUUCUGUGGGAUUCCAGAUGUGAAUUUAUUUACAAGGCUAAAUCACAUGGCUAAGCUUCAACAAACACAAGGAGGCAGGUGUUAGGCAUCUUACAAUAUAUUCAUACACUCCUGGACGCACAAUUUGCAGCCCAGUCUGAAAUCUGUUUACCAAAAGUAAGACUGACUGGGUUCCUUCUAGCUUUCUUUAUAGAAAGCGUACUUAGGAUGUCACUUUUACUCCUGCAGUUUUUGUUUCAUUUUAAUGUGAACUUUUCUCUUUUAAUUGGUGCAGCGGAAAGUCUAAAAAUCUAUAGAUGAAGCAAACAUAGAAAAAGCCUGGGGUAAGUUAUCUCGGGGGUUUCCAGACUGUCACAAUUUUUGGUUGAGAUUCAGUCAACAUACCAGCUAAUUAGGAUUGUGCAAUUACAGUUGAUAGGAAGGUCUUGCACAACAAAUCGGCUUCCCCAAAAGAUCUAACUUCCUGCAAUAAGGCAUGUGGCGAGAAAAUUCCCUGGAAAGCGUGGGAUAGCACUAACUUUGACACACCACCAUAUAACCUCCCCACAAACAAAUCAUGAGGGACGCUCACUAUAAUAGCCAACAUUGCAUAAAACCUCCCUGCAUAAAAACAGGGUGACUGUUCAGUGAACACUUCAUUCAGAAGCACCCGAAGUUGCCCGAAAGGCACCGUUUCUAUAAAACAUUGCUGCAGGAAGGAAAGGCAUCCAGUCUGCAUGUUUUGCUUGUGCCUCCAUGACCUGAAAAACUGAAUUGUCUGAACAAGCCUCCUCAGCAGGCCAUUGUGUAUCUCCCCUGUCUUUACCCUCCCUGGCCUCCUAGUUCUCUCUUCCACUCUUCCCCUUCUCCCUUUCCAUGAUUAAAGCCUGAAAUAUUAUUAGUAGUGUGGACUCUUGAGUCUUUGAAGUUAGGCACAGUGAGUGCCUUGGGCUGAUGUAAAUAACUCUGAAUCCAAAACUUGAGCCUCUGUGACAUUUAAGUCCUUGGAAAUAGGGCUUAGCUCUGGGGUGUAUGAAGUAAGAAUAGCUUUUGAGCAUCUAUACAGUGCUUUCCUCCCCGCCUCACAACCAUAGCUACUAUGGUAUAGUAGUGGACAGAAUGGUCAACUGAAGCUUCAUACAGAUUACCAUUUACUCUGGCUCCAGUGUGCUUCCACCGCUGUUGUUUGAAGCCAGGUACACAUUAUGUUAGCCAUAGCCACAAGCCUUAAGUAUCCUGUAGUUUCUGCUCCUGUCUGAUGCACUGUGGUGUGUUUUAAGCAGCUAAUGUGUACUUAGCCUUAGAUCACAGGGAGAGGGGCAGGGUCAAAAAGCUGAUUUUGGGCUCUCCAUAUCUCAGGAUGCUGUGCUCACACAGGGUUGUUUGAAGGAUGGCUAACCUUUGCCUCUUCCUGAUGUUGUUGGACUACAACUCAGACUUUCCAAACCACUGGCACGCUGGCUGGGGCUGAUGAGAGCUGGCGUCCGAAACAUCUGGAGGAAACAGCUUGCCUGUUUUCAACUUAAUAAAAUGGCUAGGGGGAAGACUAUAUGUACUGCCGUAUUCAGUGUUGCAACCACCACCUCCUCAACUUGUCCUUGGAGGAAGCGCAGGAUUAAAAGGGGGGGGGGUAGGGCAGGGAGAAUUAUAUGCUGCCUUGUAACUCAGUUGACAGGGUAGAUUGCAAGAAGAAGAAGAAGAAGAAGAAGAAGAAGAAGAAGAAGAAACAACACAUCAAAAUACAGUAAAGCAGAUCCUUAAUAAACACAUAAAAGCAGUAUAAAAACGAUGUCAAACAUUAAACAAAUUAGACCUGGAGCACAUAAAAGGGUCUUGGGGGGGGGGGGGAAUGUACUUUUAAUGUGCCUCAAAGUGUGUACACUUAAGAGCUCCUUCCUUCAGUAAUAUAGAACCAACACUUGAACCGCUUACAGCAUCACUUACUCUGGAAUUUAAGCACUGGUGAGACCUUGGACUGCUAGCUGUCUUUCUCUAAAAAAAACAAAACUCCAAAACAUUAGAAAGCAUAUUUCGGUGUGUCUUGUUGCCAAGGUACCCAGCUUGCAUUGUUGGUUGUCUGCCAGGCUGCUGGAAUUUCAUCUAAUGCUUUUAAAUGCUUAACGUGGAGGGACUUUGCUCCUUCUGACUCGUCUUUCUCUAAAGUCAAUAAGGUGUGUGUGGGGGGGAGAGAAUGAGCCUUUUGAUCCUAAUCUUCUCUGUGUUUGGACUUUUGGAGGUGCAGUGCUAAGACCUCAGGCAGUGAGGGGGAAAUAGAGUGGAACAAAACAUUCUCCCUAGUGUGCUAGAAACAUUUCCAGGGGCCAAUUUUGAUUUGUGCUCUGUGCAGGACAGUCGGGCUGAAGAAAGAUAAGCCCAAGCUUGUCAUCAGUGCAGUUUCCAGGCCGGAUGGUUUGAAGCUGCAGUGUUGGCUGAUCAAGAUGCUGACUGUGUCGCUGUCGCCUGCUUAAUUGCUGUCAAAUGCCAUUGCACUGCAGUGAACAGGCUCCUUGAGGGGGGCUAUUGCUGGCAGUUCUCGGGUGCUGCAUUAUUCUUUAUUAUUAUUGAAUCGAGGGGGGAGGGAGAUUACAGUUCUUAUGCUAUGUUAUACAAAAAUAUACGCUAAUCAAACAAAAAUACUAAAUAAUAACAAAAGAGAUAUUACACCCAUGUGACUUCCCUCCCCCACUACUUGACAUUCCUUAUUCUUUAACAUCUUAUUGACAUUGCGUCUUACAUAUCUUAUCUCUGAUAUUCCUAGUAUAUUAAUUUUAUUUAUUUCUACUUUACAUACUUAGUCUAUGCAUAUCAACAUAUUAUCCUUAGAGCAGUGUUUUUUCAUAUAAUCCUCAAAACAUUGCCAUUCCGACCUUAGUUUCUGAUUUGUCUGAUGUCUUAUGGCUGCUGUUAACUUCGCCAUUUCUAUAAAUUCACAUAAUUUACAUAUCCAGUCUUCCUUUGUGGGGAUACUAUCUCCUUUCCAAUUUUUUGCAAGUAAUAGUCUGGCUGUGGCUGUGGCAUAUAAAAAUAGUAUUUUCUUAUCCUGUGGGAUAUCCUUUCCGACAAUACCCAAUAAGUACGUCUCUGGCUUCUUUUCUAUAGAGGUUUUAAACAUCUUUUUUAACUCUUCAUGAAUACAUCCCCAGAAUAUUUUGACUUUUUCGCAGCCCCACUAUACAUGAAUCAUAGUCCCCUCCAUGUUAUUACAUUUCCAACAUAAAUUGGAUUUUAACUUAUAUAUCUUGGCUGGAAGGCGUCAUGUACCACCUAUAAAAUUAGGUUUUCUUUAAUGGUAUAACAGGCGGUAAACCUAAUAUCCGACCUCAAGAGCCUUUCCCACUGAUCUAUCUGUAUUGUAUGGCCAAUGUCUUGGGCCCAUUUGACCAUUAAUUCUUUUAUUUCUUCAUCUUUUAGGUCCUAUUCCAAUAUCAAAUCAUAAGUUCUGGAUAAUACUUUCUUAUUGUUUUUUAAUAAUACUUUUUGUAGUUUAGCUUCUUCUUUCCCAAAACUUGUUCUUUUAUCCAAGUUAAAAGCGUUAUUCUUGCCAUGCUGUUUCGUGUGUUUAAGCAGCUCUUGAGUUUAACAGUGGAGAUACUGUGUUCCAUUGGUACAGGUGGGGGCUUUUUAAUUCUACAAAGGGCUUUGCUUUGGUUUUUCUCCCACCCACCUGCUUAAGCUGCCUUCCCAUCUGCAUGUACUCCGUACCAUUAAACAUUGCAGCUUCUGUCAAUUUGGGGAAAUGUACAUCUUAGAAAUGCAACCUUUGCUUUGAGAGUCAGGGGUUCAAGUUUCAGAUAUUGGGUGAAGAGGGAGACAUCUGUGACAGUGGAGCAAGAUUCUCAGCACUCUGGGAUGUAGUCACGAUCAAAUUAAAUGGCAAGAUAGUAUUUUUGAGGCCAUACGUUUUUAUACUUCCUAAUAGCCAUAGCAAUGUUUUAACAUGGAUCCAAUAGUAAAUCUCCCACUGUUUCUUUUUAAACGCAGGGUGUUAUGUCUUUCACAUGCUUAUAAUAGCUUAGAUUUAAUAGUUCAUAAUGGCGGUCACCUUGUGAUGCAGCCAGUGAGUUGGUUAUAAAUAUAGAUGUUCCUGAGGAAUAAUUGCAGAGGGCAGUGCCCACCCCACCCUAAAUGGCUCCAUUGGUAUAAAGUACUAAUUCCAAAUUAGAGACCAGGUGGUGAUGGUGACAGACAUUGCAGUUUCAGCCCUCCCUCCCUGGCUGUAGGGCUCAAAGCACUGUGAUGUUUGGGCUCCCCACAAUUUGGUGCUGGGUUUUUAAUUACCGGUACUUUCUUGCCUCUGUAGAGGGCCUCAUGCCUUCAACACUUGAGGCUAGGAACCUGGUGUAUUUUUCCCAGUCUAUUGUUAAUGCUGUGGUGCCGUGUAAGCUAAAAAAAAAAAAAGUAUUCAUUUUAAAAAUGGAUUGUGAGAAAGUGCAGCUCCAUUGAAAUGGGUGGGUCAUAAGCACACUUAUUUUUCAUUUUAUGUAUUUUAAAAAUAGAUUCAUACCCCACCUUUCCGGACAAAAAGAAACUCUCAAGGAGGGCUUACAAGAAUUCUAGUGCAUCUAACGGCUGCUCAUGCAUCCAGUUUUAUCACGCUGCCCACAUAAUGUUGUAACCAUCAUCAAAAUGCCAGCCUGUACUUUUAAAAAUCCCCAUUUCCUCUUUUUGCAGAAAACUCUUAUAGUGAACAUGACCUGCUGGACAUCUGAGGCCACUGCUGGUGUGGAAACAGGCUAAGGCAUUUUUGCAGGUGGGCAGAUCUGUGGUGGUGAUUUAGUGGGUGGUUUCUAUCACCACACUCGAACUUCUGCCUGCUCCUCACCUGAACAAAACCUUGCUAUUCUGUAUCUGGCAGCCUUAAAGAUACGAGUGCGUCUUUUCUCACCCAUUGGUGCAGGCUAAAGCACCCAGGUCAGAGGAACUAUUCUGUCAAGAACUCUACAUAUUGCAACCUUGUAUGACCAAUAUGAGGAGAGUUUGUGCAUACUUAAUUUUGGUUCGCUGGUGUCAGUUGACUGCCUGUUUUAGCACUGGUCUAAUUUUCACACACAAACAAAUUGCAAGAGGUAAAGAGUAGGCAUGGAAAAUUUUGCUUUGGGUUUUGAGAAAGAGAAAAUUCUGCGGAAAAAAGUAUCACAAGUUCCACUUGAAGCUGCUGCAGCAGUUGACACAAACUUCUGUGAGUGUUAAAUGCUGGUUUCAGCUUGCCUCCUAAAGGCAGUUAGUUACUCUUGCCUCUUUCCUUUUGGUGAAGAGGUUUCUGUUCUGGCAAAUGGUACACAUUUCAAUUAUCUUGGCCUAAGAAUUAUUACUAUUAUUUAAUCUCUUUUUAGCCUCUGUUUUGUUUGCAGUAUGCAAAGAAUGUGUUGGCGUUAUCCCUUGAUUGUAGUGUAGCAUAAGUGCGCAAUUUACAUUCCUCCCAUCAGACAUAGCUUAGGAGAUGGUGUUUAAAUCCACCCUUCUGGCUGUCCUCAGACAUAUGAAGAAAGACACACAGACAUGGUAAUCCUAGAGCGAACUGUGCAUUCUUAUAUAUUUACCAUGGCUUGAUGUGUGUCUUCUGCCCUGCCCACUUGCAUUGAUCUGGCCUUCAUUUCCACCUUCAGUUUCUGCUCAAGCCUGGGGGGGGGGUUGGAGGUGGGUGGCAGCCCUUCACAGCAGGGACACAGUGCUCACUUUAUAAUCCUACAUCUAGUUAGCCAUCUGUUUCAUUAGCAUCAUGCGUAAGUUCCUCCCUCCCAGCCUGUUCUGCCACGUCUGUUUUCUGUGCUACAGAAAGGGACUUGGUUAGGAACAUAAGUGGAGCUCUGCUGCAUCAGACCAAGGGUCCAUCUAGGUUUAGCCUCUUGUUUCCAACAGAGGUCAGCCAAGGGCUUCUAACAAGCCCUUAAGCAGGGCAUGAGGGCAAUAAGGAGCUCCCUCCAUCUUCGUUGCUCCCUAACAGCUGAUAGCCAGUUAUAUUCUGUCUCUGAAAUGGAGGUCUUGUUUAGCUAUCAUUUGACAAAUCUUUUAAACCCACCUUAUCCAGGGCCCAUCACUUAUGCCAUAAGACAGUAAGUUAUAAUAAUCCUGCUAAAAACAGUAAAGGUAAAGGAUCCCUGACAGUUAAGUCCAGUCACAGAUGACUCUGGGGUUGCGGCGCUCAUCUCGCUUUACAGGCCGAGGGAGCCGGCGUUUGUCCACUCUGCAGACAGUUUUUCCAGGUCAUGUGGCCAUCAUGACUAAGCCGCUUCUGGCUCAACGAACACCGAAAUCAGAGCAGUGCAUGGAAACGCCGUUUACCUUCUCACCAGAGUGGUACCUAUUUAUUUACUUGCACUUUUUGGCAUGCUUUUGAACUGCUAGGUUGGCAGGAGCAGGGACCGAGCAAUAGGAGCUCACCCCAUCGCAGAGGUUUGAACCGCCAACCUUCUGAUCGGCAAGCCCAAGAGGCUCAGUGCUUUAGACCACAGUGCCACCCUUUCUUCCAAGGGAACAUACAUAGGAUUCCUAGGAGGUCUCACCUCUGUGCAUACACCAGACCCACAACACCUUGUUGUUCUAACCGCUGCCUACAGACCAUUCACAGAAGAACUUCCUUCUGCCACCAUGUUGACAUCCAUCUGUCUUAAGAGACAAUGGCAUGUGCCUCUUGGGGUGAAGUCAAACCGCUGGAGAAUCACAGUGCCUUAAAUUCAUCCCAACAAUAGCAGCAAGUAGAAGAUAAUGCGGUAAUGCUUAGUAAUCAUAUUGUAUCAAUAGUGGUGUUUAGAUCAGCACAGAUAUGAGUGAUUUAUUUGCAAAAGGUAUAACAGAUGUGGGUUGCUAAGUGAUCAAUACAGUUGUCAUUGUGAUCUGCAUGAAGGAAGCCCCCGCCCCGCCACCCGCCUAUCACUCAAAGCAGCUCUGCUGCCUUUGCAGACUCAAUGGUGGAAGAAACAUGUCUUUUUCUCUCCUUCCAUCUCUGCGGAAGGUAGGCUGUGUAAUGAGUUCUAGACCCUGCUCAGUGUUACGGGAAUGUUAUUUGCUUCCAGAAAAAAAGCAGUUUGCAGACAAUACAGAAAUGAGCACUAAACCUGCACUAUGAUCCAUUAUUGUUCUGGAAGUGACUUUUACAUCAUGUGAAAGCUCAGAUAUAAUGUAGAAAUCAACAGUUAGGGAAACGUCAGGAAUAAACUGGGUUAAACUGCAGCCUUACGUUUCCUUUGGAUAAGGAAUACUGGAGACUUAUGGUGCCCUCUCAUCAGUGUUCGUGUUAUUUACAAAUGCAUAAGCAGAGCACAUGGGCUCUCCUACAAUGCAGGAGAUCUUCCCAGAGUGAGAGAGACGCUUCACUUUCAGUCAACUUGCAACUCUCCCUGUCCUUCUCUAAAUUUAAAAUACUAUCAAGCUUUCUUUCUCGCCCACAAUCUGCCAAGCACUUGGCUUGGAUCCAGUCCCUCCAGAUGUGCUUCUUAUGUAGGGAAUCAUCUAUAGCCAUUAAAGCAAGGCUAGGGAACCUGUAGCCAUCCAGAUGUGGUUGGACUCCCUGACCACUGAGCAUGCUGGCUGUGGGGACUGAUAGGAAUCUAACAGCACCCGGAGGGCCAUCAGUUCCCAUCCCCUGCAUUAAGGCAAUGAUAACAUUGGUGUUCACUAUUUGACAAAACAACCAGGCACUGUAGUCAAGCAAAAAAAUAUGGUGAGUCAAAUAAUUGAGCCUGGGCAAGUUCAUAAAAGCAACUUGUUCUCAGAAAGGGUGUCUUGGUCUCCAGUCUAGGUCCAGGCAGCUUGUAGCUCUUCCUGGAGAAGAGGGCAAGUUGACAGGUUAUUGACAGGUUACCAAAACAAAAAGACUAUGUGGGUGGAAGAUAAGUGGGGGUGGUGGAUAUAUGCCAAGAUUGCACUGGCUUUCUAUUGAGCUUGCUUAGCGUCCUCCUCCUUGGUGGGACAUAAUACUUCCUGUGAAUCAGCCACUGUUGAUGUUAAAGAAAAAAGAAUCCACUAAGAUGAGGAAACCCCAUGGAAUGAUGGGGCUGCAGCAAUUUUAACCCUGUCUCUCCUCUCCCCAAAUAUAAAAGGUUUGUGAUUAAAUUCAUAUCAAUUUGAUUUGCCAGAAAGGUGGAACCAGCAUAGUUUGUUAUAUAAAGCUAUUCUGACAACUGAAUUGAAAUCAAAUACUGAGCAGAUGUUUUUAAUGCUGAAGUGUGCUUUUACAGAUCCUUCAUUUGCAGUGUCCCAUCUGCAAUAGUGUGGCACAGUGGCUGAAUUGUGAAGCCUCUGCCCCAGAUUUGCUAGGUGCUUUUAGGCAAGCCGCUAUUCCUUAGCCUUGGUCUGCCUUAUCUGUGGAAUGGGGAUAAUACACUGAUCGAUCACCCUCAUUCACACAUUGUGGCAAGCCAGUAUUUCAUGCUAGUGUUUGUUUUUGGAUUUUUCCUGCUUUGCCCCCCCCCCCCCCCCGGUGUGACUGGGAGAAAGGAAGCCACAGUUAAGCGUGAUCUCGCUUAACCUGGUAUGUUCCAGGUGAUUUGGAGCUCAACUCCUAUCUCCCCUGACCAGGAUUGGAGUUGUAUGGACUAUAUGGAAUUGGCGGAAAUGACUGGUAGAAUCCGUGACCAGGGAGAAGAGUCGAUGGAGGAAGAUUGGAAGAAAUUCAAAGACUAUCUUCAGAAACAUUGCAAAAUUAAAGAAUGUUAGAGCGAUGUUGGAUUGAAAAUAAGUGGUUUCCAGCUGUACAGGUUAAAGUUAAUGACAGACUAAGAUUAAAGAUUAAGAUUAAAGAUGUUUAAAGAAAUGGAAAUUUGAAAUUAAGAGGGAAAAUUUUAAUGUUAUAUGAUACUAAGACUAAAGAUCGGGUUUAAAGAAGCUGAAAUUAUAUAUUUCAAUAUCUUAUUAAAGCUAAAGAUUGGGAUUAAAAAAGUGGAAAAGAAAUUGCUGGACAAACAAUUUGAAUUGGAAUACAAAAGAGGGAGGUAUGAGGAAGUCCAGAAAAUAAGUAACUAAAAAACGGUAAUGGAAAAGAGAUAUGGUUUUUAAUUGUUAUGUUUUUUGUUCUUUUAUUGUUGAAUCUUGUUUUUUUGUGUGUUUUUGUUAUCUUUUUUUGAGAUAUGUUUGGUGUACGUUUUUCUUUUCUUUCUUUGUUGUUUAAAACUUUUUAAAAAAUUAUUUAAAAAAAAAAAGGAUUGGAGUUGUAAUCAAGAACAGCCGAAGAGUACUAGGUUGAUGCCACCAGUAAUGUUACGAAUGCUAAACUAGAUAGACCAAUGUAGUGACACAUCAUAAAGUAGCCUUCUAUGUUCCUGUGACUUUGCCCUAAGGAGCUGUGUUUUUGCAAUUUGCAAUUGUCUAACCUUUGCUGAUUUGUUAGGGUUCUGCUUUGGCAAAAUUAGUUUGAAUAUGUGGGUCAGGGAUGGGGAAUGAUCCUGAACCCAGGAUUUUUCUUCCCACGCAUGCUGGUCCAAAUUUGACAGGUGAUGCUGUGUGUUGCAGCUUCAACACUGGGCUUAAAGAUGCAGUAUGGGGCUGCUUGAAAUUCCUUCUGCAAAUAGCCCCCUACUGCUCUUUCAACACUGCUUGGAAAAUUUCAGACAGUCAGGUACGAUAGGUGGGCAUGGUUUGCCCAGAAUUGCCUUGCAUAGCAAAUGGGGAGGCCUGGUGGGCCGUGUUUAGCCCGCAGGCUGGAGGUUUCACAUCCCUGAUCUACACGGUCCCUGCAGCUUCUGCUCUAGAUGUGCACCGAAGGCAUGCAAUAACUUCCAUUAUUUCAGUUGGCACUAGCUCAUCCUAAACAAUAGCUGACAGUUCAUGGAGCGUUGGCGGCUCUCAGAUUUUGAUUUGCUGGAGGAAGUUACUGUGGACACAGCUUGAAGAUGGGUCUUUCUUCCAGGAAACGGCUCUGGGGGAGAGAAGCUGGCUGGAUUUCAAAGUGUUCUGAAGAUAAUACUCUGUAAGGCCCUGUUUUUCUAAGAUAAAGCAACUGGACAAAGUGUAGCUCUGUGUAACACACUGUACAGUUCUGACUGAACAGUCUCUGCUGGUGCAAUUGGCUGACAUGCUGGAGAGAACGUUGGCUGUGCAAUGCAAAGUGCUUGGUUUUUCUGUCUUGGCAGUAGAGGAUGUUGGUUAAUGCAGAGGCAGAUCCCAGGUAUAGGGCCUGAAAUUUUAUUCAGAAAGUCUGCUGGAUGAACCUGUGUUCAUCUCUACCAGGUAAGGUAAAGGUAAAGGACCCCUGGACAGUUAAGUCCAGUCAAAGGCAACUAUGGGGUGCAGUGCUCAUCUCGCUUCAGGCCGAGGGAGCCAGCAUCUGCCCACAGACAGCUUUCCGGGUCAUGUGGCCAGCAUGACUAAACUGCUACUGGUGCACGGAGGACCAUGACAAGUGCCAGAGUGCACUGAAACGCCGUUUACCUUUCCGCCGCAGCAGUACCUAUUUAUUUACUUGCACUGGUAUGCUUUUGAACUGCUAGGUUGGCAGAAGCUGGGACAGGAGCAACAGGAGCUCACCCCAAAUCCGUGGAUUCGAACUGCCGACCUUCCGAUCAGCAAGUCCCGCUUGCAUAGCUUUACCUCACAGUGCUUCUCUGAUCUUUCUUCUCUCCCCCCAACUCUGCCCACUCACUGCGAUCAUGAACUGUAGCUGCCUCUUGCUGUCUCUACAACAGCACAUCAGAGAAAAUGCUGGCAUGUUUCUCUGGAAGCUGAUGUGUUGAGGAGAGAACCGCUGGGAGUUAGAAGUCACUUCUGGGUAAAUUCCUAGGAAUCUGAGAUACUUGGGGAAAAUGCAGCGUUGAAGAGCAAUUAAUGGUUUCACUUCAGCUGUGUUGUGUAUACGCCAAAGGGAAACAUUGCACUGCUGGGACUCUUUAAUCAAAGGAACAGAUGUCAAAAAUGGAUUUGUGAAGAAAAUAUCACCUCUCUUCUGAUGACUCUGUGAGCCCCCUGCUAAGCCUAAAUAAGCCUGCAGGCCUGAGCUUCUAAACCCCUGGCAUGGACUAUACAUUUCUAUACAGUGGUACCUUGGGCUACAGAUGCUUCAGGUUACAGACUCUGCUAACCCAGAAAUAGUACCUCGGGUUAAGAACUUUACCUCAGGAUGAGAACAGAAAUCGUGCUCCGGUGCCGUGGUGGCAGCAGGAGGCCCCAUUAGCUAAAGUGGUACUUCAGGUUAAGAAUAGUUUCAGGUUAAGAACGGACCUCCAGAAUGAAUUAAGUUCUUAACCCGAGGUACCACUGUAACCUGUUGGGAGUGAAACUAGGACUGGGACCCCUUUCUUUUUGGCAGUACUUUUCUCAGGUCACUUUGACACAUUCUAGCACAUUCUUUGAAACAUUACAGCAGUGUUCUGGUCCAUGGGGUCACGAAGAGUCGGACACGACUAAACAACAACAACAUGUCAUUCCACGUCCAUUGUUAUGCUAUUUGCAUGUGAUAGUAUUGUGUUGUCUUCUAAUCUUACAAGGUUUCCAUCAUCUAAGAUGCCAAGGUCUCAUGUGAUGUGUGACUAGGCAUCAGCAAUAACUUCCAAGCAGCUUGAAUAAAAUAGCAAGCUUGAUUCUUUCUGCUGCUGCUUCUUUUUCCUCCUCGGUUUGGAUCAUUGUGGUUUCUGAAGUUGAUGGUCCUGGAGGCAUAGAGGAGUCCAGAGCAACAGUGAUACCCACUGACUCCUUCAGAUUGCUUAAUGUGUGCGUGCCCCACAAAUCAUCUUGAGAUGACUUGGCUUCUGAAAUUCAUGUGUUAUACUUUCAAUAGUAUUACUCAGACUUUUGGCUGAAAAGUCUAAAGGGUUUAUGAGAGCAUCCAGUCUUUUGUGUGUUUUUUUUAAUUAUAAGCUUUAAGCCCUCAUGGCUAUGGAGCAAAGCUUGGAAAUAUGUGGGGAGUGUCUACAGGUUCAGAAAUAAUUAGAGCUUUUGCAUGGCCUUCAAAAUGGAGGGUGUGAAGUGCAUUAUAGAAAAAUAUACCAAAUGUAACAAAUAAAAAAAUGUCAGGAAAGAAAAGUAUGUAGCAAGUAGCUUGGCAUAGCAAGAGUUUUCUUACACUGUUCUGUAGUGCACUUGUUUUGUCCUGUAUAUUAACCAAAUCAGCUGGUUUUUUUGGUCCCUUUUCAAUUCCAUGUACCUGACUAUUUACUGUACUUUCGUAGCUCAGCAGAUUUUACUAGUGCUUGACAGUACUCUACCCUGCCUGUGAUAAGAGACACAAUAUUCCACAGCAGAGCAACAGAGAAUCUAUAGCAGACUUUGAAGAUCCUACAGUUGUAGUUUAGACUGUCCUGAGAGUUAAGCCAUCUCACUUACCUCAGUUUUGUGGAGGCCAGCUCACAUAGUAGGAAGGAAAGGGCACUUUGCUCAUGCUCAGCUGCACUCUUCCAUAUUACCAAACCUGCUCUGAAUGUAAAAGUUUUGUGCUGAAAGCAACUUUGCUGGGCUGAGCACUGGCUGAAAUGAAGCCCUGUUCUCCUGGCAUUCACACUUAGGAGUGGUAGGGGAGAACAUUUAACAAGUAAACUGCUUGGUUAGGCGACAGCUUGUGAAAAAGUGCAAAGCAAAAUAGUGCUAUCAUAAUUUUAUUUAAAUAUUAUUUGAAAAGAAAUAAUAAUGCAGGAGGCUGAGAGAGACCUGGCAUAUUCCAAGUACAAGCCAUUAAUCUGAAGCAGCAUCGCCAGCAUGGCUGGGUGGAUCUGUGCUGUGCUAGAUUCCCAGGGUUUUAAUCCCUGUAGCCUGCAGCUGUCUAUAGAAAUUUACUUGGCUUUGCUAUAGAAGCUAGACAGAAACAGCUAUUAGCUCUUUGCAUGGUUAAGCAUACUCUUGAUGGAAGGAAUGAUGUCAAUGAUGUUUAUGAACAUGUUCAGGCUCAGCUCACUAUUGGUCUUUCCUGUCCCUCAGGUAUAAUCUCUAUGCCCACACUCGGCUGGGCUACCUGUUCUACAAGCGUCAGGUGAAGAAAGCGCGGGAGCGUUACCCCCAGGGGCACUCUGUUCCCCAGCCUGUGGUGUUCAGCGGUGAGUGCCCAGUCUUUUUGCCAAUGCAUUUCCGAUUAGCCCGUGUGCUUUGCUGCUUCGAGGUGCAUUGCUUGAGUAUUUCUUUUGAUUAAAUUUCCAGGCGAUUAAUGGUCAGAGGCAACACCUGCAGAGUGGUGUGUGCAGAGUGCAAAAUCUUGACUCCAUUAUGGAAUCCAGCUGCUUGAGAUGCUUCCCCCAUGAACCCCUCCUGAAAAUCCAGACAUUUGAGGCCCGAAAUUAAUUACACACCACACCUGAAAUUGGAAGAACUGGGGCUUUCUGUUUCGAGUUUAGGUUUUCUUUUUUAACACGUGCAAGACUCUAAACACUGUUCCUUGUGCCUAAGCUCUUGCAAAGGGGCAUAAGCAAGUUGAAUUUCUGAAGAAAGAUGAACAUGCAGCAGCAAGCUAGUGCCUGGGGUUUUUUUUUUAUUAUUAUUUCACUUUCUCUUUCUCUCUCUCGCGCCCCACUUCUGCUAUUUCAGAGGGGGAAAUACCUCAGUUGCUUAAAUAAACUUGUUUGUUAACUGCCACCACUCCUGCUCCAGAGUACCCAAAAUGCUUUGAACAGUUUUGCUUAACUCUUGUUUUGUGUUUGUACUUGCAUUUAUAUUAUGCAGAGGUUUAUUUAUCAGCAUAAGAAACAAGCAAGUGUUUGGGGCCAUUUUAUUCUCUGUUUGCACACCCAACCCUUUAAAAAGGAAAACCCCCAACAAACCGCCCUAACAGACUCUCCACAAUCCUCCCACAGAGUGGUCACCCACAUGAAGUUCAAGCCUUGUUCUCACACAGUUACUUAGUCCUAUAUUUGGUCUGUACCAUUCAGACGGCAGUGGGGGGGUGUUGCUAAAUGCUCCUCCAUUCAGAAUAAUUCCCUCCAUGUAGGAAACUAGUAUGUCAAAGAAAAGCCUGAGGUGCUGGUUUUCUGUUUGGAGGGAACAGCUUUGUAUGGAGGAGCAUUCACUCCUAUGAACCCCUUCCAGCAGUCUGAAGUGGUAUUAUUUAGUGCUUCUUUGUCCUUUUAAAAGUAUAUUUUAGUCAUUUAUUAAGUUUAUAUCCCACCCUUCCUCCCAAAGGAGUUCAGGGUGUGUAUAUAUGUAAGCUGCCUGUCUGCUGCAGCACUGAAGGCAUUUGAUGUCAUUUUGCUAUAAUAUUGCAAUUUUAUUAAUACUUUAGCAUCUAUUGAUAAUAGAUAAUUUUGUCUGUGUUGUGUGACAUUAGAUGAUAUUAUAUGUCUUUUUUAAAAAAUAAGGUGAUUUUACAAGAGAUAGUAUUAAGAAAAUAAAUGCUAACGUAAAAAUUGCAGCAUUUGCUAAGGUGUGUUGACUUUCCUGCUUUCCUUUGCUCUGUGUCUGCCUCUGUCAUCCUAGGAGUGAAGAUUCUUCCCAUCCCUGUCCUAUCCAAUAACUACAGCUAUCUUGUUAUUGAUACUGACUCAAACUGUGCUGCAGCUGUAGACCCCUCUGACCCACUGGCGGUACAGGUGAGAGAGACAAAAUGUGACAUUUAUCGCCCCUCCUCUCUCCCUGUGGAGCAAGACUAGCAUUUCCUUCCUUAUUUGAUUCUUCAGAUUUAGAGGGGGAGGGCUGUACCUCAGUGGUAGAGCAUCUGUCUUGCACGCAGAAGGUCCUGGCAGAUAUCCCUAUAUCUGGGAUAUUUGGACUUGGUCCAGGAAGGCAUCUUAUAAACAUUUAUAUUAUUAUUAAUAAUAUAGCAUUGAAGGCAUCUGCAUGUUUGGUCAUCAUCUGGUUCAGCCACUGCACUUGCAGAAGAGGCUUCAGUAUCCUAAAUACAUGGGUGACUCUUUCUAUGCAUAGGAACAGCACUUCCAACAGAGCAGGUGGAGCAGCUACUCUGUAGAUUUUUUUGCUAAUAUAGCUGCAAUUUUGCUUUCUGUAGGGAACUCUAGUAUAGGUGGAUGGGAGGGGGUAGAAAUCUAGAGAGUUCCUGGUGUCAUCAGCAGGUUAUAGUUCCUGGGAUUCUUUGCAAGUUAAACCAAGAGCUAGCGUAGCAUAGUGGCUAACUGGCUGUGCUGCAAAUCAGGAAGUAUGGCAUCAUAGAAUUGGACAGUUGGAAGGGACUCAAAGGAUCAUAUCUGGUCCACACACCCCCCUUGCAAUGCAGGAAUCAUUUGCUAUGGGUAGCAAAUCUCUCAGCACCCAUUCCCAGUAUGGGAAUGUGGCAGAGAGGCCCAUGGCCCACCUGGCUUCUCUCAGAAAAAGCAGGUAGGGAAGCAUUGUGUGUGUGUUAAUCCUCAAAUGCCACUACCUCCCAUUUCCCCUCCUUGCUCCCAUACUGGGAGGCGCCUGGAGCUGUGGAGGAUUAAUAUGAGACGAGAGGAUUCCUUGUAGUAAGCCCCUUGAUCUGGCCAGGCAAGUCCUCCAUCUGUCCUUUCCACUCCCCUCUCUUUACAAGCUUAGAGCAGGAGGGAAUUGUACUCUAGGUAAUGCUAGUAAUCCAGUUCCUACAGCUAGACAAAAAAGGUAAGCAACUUCAAGGUUAAAAUAUGAAAGGAACAGAUUUUAUUUAAAGCAGAAGAAAAGGGAGCAGAAGAAAAAGGAAGCUGCAUUAAAAGAAAGAAACCGCAUUCACUAAAUCAGUUGUAAACUAAGCCAGGUUUAGCCUUUUACAAAAUACUAGGGGUUGCUGCCUUUGCUCAUGUUCAUCUCCAACCCACAGCCUCCUUGCCAACCCUCCCCCUUCAGAUGCCACUCUUUCACAGCCCCUUCAGCCCCUCAUAGCUCACCCCAGUCCCAAGAUCCUGCUGUCACUCACAUAAAUAUGUUGAGGGGCGAGUUCUGGGCAAACUGGAGGCAGCGAUGGGAAGCCUGUUAAGGUCUGCUUGGCCACCCACCCAGCUGCUUUCCUGCUCGCUCAGCUGGGCCUCCCGCUCAUUCAGACCCCAAACUUCUCUCACAUGGUUGCACAUGCAUCACCCAUUCCCUGACUGAGACCUCAUCUGCUUUUGGGGGUGGCUGGGGGAACUGCCAGGACAGUGCCCCCCUGCUGCAGGGGCAAGUGCUGUUAAAGCAGAGACUGAAAACUGAUAAUGCAAUUUGUACUGUUGCCUUGGCAUGUGGAGCCCUGUUUACAUUCAGUUGGGGCCAGCCGCCCCGCCCAGAGAUGCACAUGUUUGACUUCCUUCAGUGGUAUUAGUUGCUGCUUUCAGGCCCCCCCCCCCCCCAGAUAAUUUUAAAUCUGUGAUUGACCGCUCCCCAGAGCCUGCUCCUCACUGCCUCUUGCCUGAGGCUUUGGUUCCUGCCACCCUGCUUUCCUGACCAUCUGCAAUUGGCUAAGUAGGAGCUGGCCACGGCCAAGGUCAUUCCAAGUUUAGAGCGGCAGCCUCACAUGAUGCGCACCAUCCCUCCUGCUUGGGGCUUGUUUCGUGUUUUCCCUUCAAAGGCUCCCGUCCGGCUGGCUCUUCCUGUUAUACUUGAGAAGCGGCUGUGCUGCUUUGUUCAGAUGCAGCCGGCGGAGACAUGCCGGGUGGCCGGAUGAGACAGCCGGACCAGUGACCCGGAGAGGAAAAGCUGGGGAUCCAGAUUUGGAACUGGAGGGUGAGGGGCUGCUGGAAGCAAUUCCUCCCUCCUUGACCCAGUUCAGGGGCUUUGUCUAGGUGCUGUUCUGAUAGAGAGCGAAGCCGUGUGAAUUGCAGUUGAAGUAACAGCUUAAUGCUGAAGCAGAAGCAACAAAAUAUGCCCGUACCUGCAAGGAAAUUCCACAAACACAAACCGGAAGGAAUCCUAGCCAAGGAGCAGCAUUGCCUGGACGCACUCUGGGAGGCGAAUGUAAUGCACAAACAUAGUGCUCUGUUGCUCCAGUUCCAGUAACCUUUUUAUAGCUGAACAGAGUGGAUAGAAGACAGAUGGCCUGGGAAUAUGUAACUCUGAUGGGGGAAGGUGGCACUACCCAGUAGCUGAAGGCUUGGGCAUUAAACCUUACACUGGCCCUUUAAUGUAUUGUACAUUGCCCAGAGGAGGAGACAUUGAGUGACUAACAAAUUUAGAUGAUGCAUGGGAUCCUUUGGGGGAAAUGGGCCUGUCAAGAAUACUGGCACGGUGGAAGUGCCCUUGCUGCCUUGAGACCAAGAGACAGUCAAUUAUGCACCUGGGCAUAAUGGAGUAACUCCCAGUUUAAAUGCAAUUUAAAUUGCAAAUACUACUAAACUCUCAUUAGUAAGCCCUGUCCUUAUCCCCUAAUUCAUAUGUGGUAACAGGAGUCUGCAUGAUUAGAGGGCCAAGCCAAAAGCCAUGAUAAGUUUUGCAGUCUCUCUUCUACCCCCACCCCCUGGAUUAAUUAAGGCUUGGAGGUUUCAGUUUUUGUGAUAAAACACAUGUGCGUGCACCACCAACCCGCUUUCUUGCAUAGAAAUGCAGGUGGGGAUUUUGAUCACAAAAACAGCACAGCAUCCCUUUUGCCCAGUGCCCCUGCCAAGAGAUCAAUUGCAGAUCCCUCAGUUCAGCUUGGCCUGGAUGCUUUCUUGUAUGCUGGCAUGAGACUUAUUCUUAAUCAGUUUGUGUUGUCACUUCAUGUGUUGCUUCUCUGUGUGUGUGUGUGUGUGUGUGUGUGUGUGUGAGAGAGAGAGAGACAGUUAAAAACAUUUACAAAACAGUUAAAAAACUAACCGAAGAUCAGUUUAUUUAUAUUGUUUAUUAACAAUAUAAUAGGACAGUAAUCCCCUUUCUGUCCUAGUCACAGCAGCCGCUGUGGAGAAAUUAUAUUAUUGCUUUAUAUUGAAGUAUACCCUAUGGAUGUGAGCUUAAUUUUUAAUGUAAAUGAUUUUCCAAGUCUGUUUUGAUGCCAUGUGGAUGUCUGCAUAUAAGACAUCUGUACAUCCAUUAGUUCUGGAAGACAGCACUUUAUGCAUGCAAUUGUUUUUUAAAAACAUUUACAUACUUUUUUUUUAUUUAAAGAAUCAGUUUAGAAAUCUCUUUGCCCUUCACAUUUGCUUGUGAUGCUAUUGUGUGUUUGUCGCUUUCCAGACUGCUCUCUCCUGCCCUGUUGAGUCACAUAUCUUAUCGGAAGGGCCUUCUGCUAGACUUAUCUAAGCCCUGAAAUAGGGAUCAGCUGCCUUGCCUUUCUCAGUCCCUCUGGCUGUGCUGUGUGACUCUGGUUCCUGCAGUGCCAUAAACCCCUCUCCUGUCUUUGCCAUGCAGCACCUGUUGAUCUUAUACAGAGCAGGAGGAUGUUCCUCUGUUUCAGGCUAGCUUUCUUUCCUGCCUUUUCCUGGGAUGCAGGACAUGGGCCUCUUCUAUAAACCUCUCUCUCUCUCUCUCUCUCUCUCUGCAGUCGGUCAUCGAGGAAGAGGGCGUGACGCUGGAGGCCAUCCUAUGCACUCACAAGCAUUGGUAAGGGGGCUCCCUCCUUCCCUUUCCCUCGAUGGGCCCUAGAAGGCCUCAAAAUACAGGUGUGCUGAGCAAAUGCUCUGCAGCCAUCUUUGGAUAUGCAGACGUUUGCGGAGGGGGCAGGGAAAGAAUAUAAUAUUUGGGACUCUUCAUUCUGUGUGACGCAGCUGGGAGGGAAUUGCACCCAUCAUGCCUUGUUUGGGAACACACCUCUGGCUCUGGGCACUGAAAUCCGGUAGGUGAAAUGAGGACCGGUAGGUAGAUGAGCUUUUUUUUUACACUGUGGCUUUAUAACAAGCGUGUUUUCUCUCAUAGGGAUCACAGUGGAGGCAAUGCAGCACUGAGGCGGCGGCACAGCUCUUGCCGAGUCUAUGGCAGCAGCUAUGACGACAUCCCAGAAUUGACAGAGUAAGUGACCUUUUUAUUUCUCCUCCCCUGUGGAUAAGUGUUGGAUAAAAUGUUCCCCUGCUGAGCCUGGAAUGUAAAGGCAAAUCCUCCCAUUAGCUGGGGAUCUGUCGGGAGGCUGUAAAGAAUAAUCUGAAGUUUUCUAAUCUCUGCUAAAAAGGUUCCUGGGGAGCAGCAGGCAUCUGCAGCAUUUGCUAGUGUUCCUGACUCCUCCUCCUCCUCCUAAGCAGGGAUGGGCAAUCUGUGGCCCCUCAGCCCAGUUUCAUGAAGGCUGGAAGGUCCCAGAUAGAGAGUGAGGGGCGGGGUGGAAAUAUGGGGUGGGAUCACUAAAUGGAUGGAGCAAUGGAACCGAUUUGAAGGUCAGCGGUUCGAAUCCCCACGACAGGGUGAGCUCCCGUUGCUCGGUCCUUGCUCCUGCCCACCUAGCAGUUCGAAAGCACGUCAAAGUGCAAGUAGAUGAAUAGGUACCACUCCGGCGGGAAGAUAAACGGCGUUUCCGUGCACUGCUUUGGUUUUGCCAGAAGUGGCUUAGCCAUGCUGGCCACAUGACCCGGAAGCUGUACGCUGGCUUCCUCAGCCAGUAAAGCGAGAUGAGCGCCACAACCCCAGAGUCGUCUGUGACUGGACGUAACGGUCAGGGGUCCAUUUACCUUUACCUUUAAACAGCCCAUUGGGCAGAGGGGAUAAAAAAGAGAGAGGAAAAAGGGGUGUGGCAUCUGACAGAUUAUCCUCAAGGGAAUGUGGCCCUUGCCAGGGCAAACGUCCCCCCACCCUCGCUCUAUGGCAAGCUGCUAUGACAUUUUCCAUAGGAAGCAUUUGGCCAGUCAAGAACUGGGGUCCAAGUCUCCUCUGUGCAGAGGCAUACCUAGGCUCUUUUGCACCAUUGGUAAGGAGCUAUAUCGGCGCCCCCUCCAACGCUUGCAGCCCAGCCGCCCAGAGCAGUGGAGGAGCAUGCAGACAGGCAGUCAGCCUCCUAGCCACGGAGGUGUGAUUUCUGUGCCCUUGGUGGGGGCCAACAUCUCGGUUGGCCUAUGGGCCAUGCUAAGGUCUUCCAGGCUGGCAAUAUGGUUUUCCUUCCUCCUCAUGAUCUCAAACCCAACCGUUGCAUUCCAGUCCCCUCUCAGAUAAAGAGACCAUUGUGAUAGGACGUCUGAACUUCAAGGCGCUCUUCACACCGGGACACACUGUGGGUCAUAUGGUGUAUGUGCUGGAUGGCAAACCUUUUGAAGGGCCAGCCUCUCUCUUCUCAGGAGACCUCCUUUUCCUCUCCGGCUGUGGUAAGUCAGUGGGGAAGGGGGAUAUAGGAUAGCCAUUGCUUCCUGGGAGGUUGUGCUUCUCAACAUAUGGAAGCUUCCCCUAGGCACUAGAAGGCAGCAGCUGCACUUGUGCUCCCAGUGCUUAAUUUGUGUGGAGGCAUCUACAACAAGCGCCAAGAUUGUUGAUGGGAAGAGAAGAGAGGGGAUUUGGUCUUCGUUUCUGGGAGGUGUGCAGUGUCUGUGAGAGAGGAGACACUUAAGGGGAGAGAAGGUGUCAGAGGAAGGCUUGUAGCUCAGCAGUGGAACAUCUGCUUUGCGUGCAAAUGUCCCAAGUUCAAUCCCUGUCUGAAAUCAUGGAAAGCCGCCAUCAGUCAGUGGAGACAAUGUUGAGCUAGACAGAUCAGUGGUCUGAUUUGGUAUAAAGCAACUCCUUUUGUUUCUGUCUGGCUGUGAGGAAGCACUUUAUUUUUGUGCUUCUUCCCUGUAGAAAUUAACUCCUUGUUGCUUAACCGUUCAGGUCGGAUAUUUGAAGGGACGCCAGAAACAAUGCUGGCAUCGCUGGACACAGCAGCUGAUCUUGCUGAAGACACACUGCUUUGGCCAGGUAGGAGUUGGAAGAGCUGCACGGGCAGAAACGAUGCCCAUCUCCUUCUACGCUGGUCCUGAAGUAGGGCAGUGGCUGGUUGGGAAUUGGAGGAGGUGAAGGCACUAGAGGGUCACUGGGAGUGAAACUCAGCAGGAUGAAUCCCUGCAUCAGCGCAGCCGCUGUUGACUGCCUGCUCCUUUUCUUUUUUUAAUAGGGCAUGAGUAUGCUUCAGAGUGCUUAAUGUUUGCACGCCUUCUGGAGCUGGAGAAUCCCGUCCUGGAGCAGAAGCUACAGUGGGUGAAUCAACAGCGGGUUGAGAAGAGAAGCACGGUGAGAGGGGUGGGUGCAUGCAUGCAUGAGCUGGUUCUUUCAGAUCAGCUGUGGUCCCUGUAGAAUCAAGAGAGAAUUGGAGAAAAGUGGCUGGGGUGGGGGGCGGAAUUGAUGGAUCUUGGAGUGUUCUUAUAGACAAGAGACUCAACCUGCUGGCACUGUGUGUGUGUGUGUGUGUGUGUGUGUGUGUGGAUUUCUUUGUUUCCCUCCAUUCCCCUUCCCUUCCUGUGCAUCGGGCACAUGCCCACUUCUCCAAGGCCCUCUUUGUCCAGCCGCCUCCAUCCACUGCAGAUGCCAUGGCAUUCAUCCAAGAGCAGCUUCCUGGCUCUCUUGCGCAGCUGGGUAACACCUGUCCAGGGAGUUUCCUGCCUCUGUCUUCUUAACUGCAGGCAUCUGGUUUCUGAUUUUGGUUCCUCCCUUCUGGAAGUCUGGAAUGGGGUGGUUGUCUGGUGCAAAACCAGCCUGGGGAAUGUGGCAGGUGGUACUUUCUCAGCUGGGAUCUGCUUGUCUGGGAGGUUGUGGGUCUCUUGGCAAAUUCUUGCAUGCUGUGGUCUCGCUGCCUCAGUUGCUUGCCAUGCACUUUGCCUUCCUUUCUGUGAGAUAUCAAUAGCUUGCUUUUCAGGUAUCACCUGAAAAAACCCUGGGGGGGGGGGAAUUAACCACACCCAACCAAGUGUGCAAGUACUCAGGCAAGCAUGCGUGUGGAAACUCCACCCACAGUUUUGCUAGGCGCCACUGUCCCCUGCCCCCUCCACCUCAGUCUCUUUCAUUGUGAUGUUCCUGUGCCUGUAAUUGCUGCCCAUUUUCAUCAUUGUUGCUUACCUAAGUCUUAAAUUCCUUCUGGGUUCAUUUCUGUUGCAGAGCUUGGCCUAGUUUCACCAGCCCUUGUAUAGUAUCUCUCUCUGCGGUUAUCUGAACCUCACCUGCACCUAUGUGUCUACUCCUUCCACUGUUCCACUUACCCAGAUUGUGAGAACAUGAGAAUAGGCCUUUUCGGUGGUGGCUCCCCAUUUAUGGAAUGUUCUUCCCGGGGAGGCUAACCUUGCAUAUAUUUGGCCGCCAGGCAAAAACAUUCUUUUUUAACCAGGCCUUUGGCUUUUAACUAUCUAUGGCCUUUUAGAGUGGGCGGAAUGUUCUGUGGUUUUAAGGUAUGUCUGUGCUUUUGGUAAGUCGUUUUCAGUUGGCAAAAAAAGGUGACUAAUAAAUUUAAUAAAUGAUAAUAAUAACUGUGAGCCAUCUGUGCAGAGAGCAGUGGUGGUCUUUGCAAUGCUAUAACCUAACACCGAAUCAAAUUACAUUUUUGAGUAGCAAUACUGGUAUAGUGGAACCUCUGUUUUUGGGCAUAAUAUGUUCCAGAAGACCGUUCGACUUUCGAAACAUUCGAAAACCGAGGAUCAAUGGGCGGUUGGCAAAAUCCUUUGGAAAAAUGGAAAAACAUGCAGUGCAAGCCGUUCUACUUCCAGGUUUCCGGGUUUUUGGCAUUCGGUUCCAAAUUGUUUGUCAAUGGAGACAUUUGAGAACUGAGGCUCCAUUGCAAUAGCUUGGUUGGGAUCUAUGCAAAACAUCACCAAAGCCAAAGCUGGCAUGGCCCGAUGGGGAGCUUUAUGUUGUCUGUACUGCUUUCACAUCCUGCAAAAAGCCACUCACGGGCCAAGAUCAAAAGCGUUUGAGGUCAAAUUCGAAAGAGCAAAAAGGGCCAGGUAUAAAGCUGAGGUGGUCCAAUUUGCCCAACAUGCCAAAGUCCUGGCCUCCCCUCCCCUUCAUUCAAAGGAAAGCGGCAAACGCGAAAGCAGCUAGGAGGAGAGUUACUGCUUUGUGCUGCCCAUUGUCCAUGCUCACAGUGUGUGCCUGUCUCGUUCUCUCCCCUAAAGUGCCCUUCUACCAUCGGCGAGGAGAAGCAGUACAAUCCCUUCCUGCGGACGCACUGCCCGGAGGUGCAAGAAGCCGUGGGGAUGAAGCGCCAAAGGGAUGAGGACUGGGACACCUUCCGGGCCCGGGUGCUGAAGGAAGUGCGGCUGCGGAAGGACGUCUUCAAAGCAAACUAGCAAUCUCGGGUGGUGUCAGGCUGGAGCCACAUGCAGGGUGUACCCACAGGCAGGGGCCAGGCAGGGCCUCUCUGCAGGGAGGAGCCUGAUCACAUAACGGGCUCUACUAUGCUAAUGAGGAGAGAUCUACUUGGAUGCUGAUCUCUCACGCAGUGCGAAGUGAAAUGGCAAGAAAACAGAGGGGUUCAGGCUCGUUUCUUGAGCUCCCCGUCCCCCAGAAGGUUUUGUUGGUGCUGCUGCUUAUCCAUGAGGCAUGGCGAGUGGGACUUGUAGCCUUUCACCUACAAAGGUGUUUGGUAGUGGAUCCAGGUGUGCUUGGGUGGCUCCGUAUCCCCUGCUGUUUUCAGAACACCUGCGGUGGGGGGUGGGAGGGAGAAGUGAUGGAGCAGUAGAAGGCAGCGCCUGGGAUGAUGUGAUGCUGAAACGUGCAUCUUUAUUUUCAGAAUGUGUGUAUUUGUUUUUGAGUGUGCCAGCCUAUUUCUAGCUCAGGGGGGGUCUCUUAGGUCAUCUUGUAAGCACAAUCCUGUCACUUUGUCCCCUCAUCUGGAGAGGCAGGUGUACACAUGUGAAACGGUCUUCCAUCUCUUAUCGAGCACAUCAGGUGGAACUUUUGCCUCCCCAAUAUUCCUACUCCCCAAAACCAAAAUCUUGGGCAGCUGAGCACUUUUUAAAAAAUCAUCUACAUCCAAGGAGAGAAAGUGUCCUGCCAUUUGGCCUCUUCAACUUGUUCCUUUUCUUCUGACUCCUGUUAAUAUAAAAAUGUUUUAAACUUUCUCUCCAGUUGAGCCAGUUGGGCAUCUAAGUCCUUGCAGCCGGGCCAAGCUUGGAUUUGUGCUCCAUGUACUUGCAAGGCGGGUUUCCAGGCUUGUGGUGCACCUAGUGUUUCUCCAAGCUGCCUCUCAAAGCACAAGCUGUUACCAGGAAUGCAUAGAGUUCAGGCCAACAAUGGCUGUGCUUCCCACGGGAGCAGGAGAACAAAGCCAGGGAGGCAUGCCACCACCUCCUACCUCUGAGAAUAUGUUGCCAGUCCCCCAUGGCAUACAUGGCUUUCUUCCACCGGCACCACAUGCAAGAUGUUCGCAAGGGAGAUUGUACAUUAAUGGCUGUGAGGGUGUUUUUAACUGAAGCUCAGCACUGUGGCCGUAUGGUUGGUAUUUAUAUGUAUAUAGUUGAGUUUGGCUCCUGCUAGCUGAGUUUCUACUGUCUGUAAGUUUUAUAGUGCAGGGUUGUUCUAAGGAGAGGCUCAAAAGAGCGUAAUCUCUUUUUUUAAAUUCAUUGGCGAUGAAAUAAAAUAGCACGAUAGAUUAUUUUGGAAUCCUUUUUUUGUCCACUUCACAUUUUAAUGUAUUCUCCAUUGUGGACACUACAUAUGUUUGGCUCUAUUUUGCAAAGACAUGAAACAGUGGGUGGGUGUGUUUUUCAAAGUGACUGCUGUGAAAUUUUAAGAGAACUGCUGUUUCACUUUGCACCUUCAGUUCUUCUGUCAAAUGCUGAGGCUUUGUGGUGUCAGUAAAACAAAGCUGAGAAUGGAGGCUUACAAUGCUGCACACGCAGUGUGCUUAACCUCAGGUAGGUGAAAAAUGUGUUUCUUUUGCAGAGGCUCUCAAAGAUCAGUAAUAACUUUGAAAAAAAAUAUUCUUUGCACUGUGAAGUGAACACCUACACAGUCUUAACUCUGCAAGGAGGAUAAAGUGUGAGUAGCUGAUGACUGGAUCAUUGAGCCAUCUCCUUUAGGCUGCAAUCCUAAACGCAGUGACAAGGGAGUAAGGCCUAUUGAACACAGAGGGACUUCCAUCUGAGUAAACAUGCCAAGGAUUGCUCUCCAUUGAAAUAUGAAAGCAAAGUAUUGGCAGGAGAAGGCAUUACCUGCAGGAAACCAGGCGUAGCAACAGAUCUUGGAAGAAUGGUGUCUUGAGACCCUCAUUUGAAUGAAAAUUGGUUCUCAAGACCUACCCAAGUUGUUCUGUUACAGCAGAUGGGUAAUCUUUUUCAGCCCAAGGGCCACAUUCCCUUAAGGUGCAACCUUCUGGGGGCCACCUUCCUUUUAUGGGUGGGAGCAGAGGCAAAAGUAUGUAGAGCAUUAGAUCUUACUCUUUCACCUUUUGUACAGUAGGCUGCAUUCUAGCCAGGCACAACCAGAAUUCUCUACAUUUGCUCUCCUCCCCCACCUGCUUCAUCCUGGCAAGAAAGAAGCUACACCACCAUUUAAAAACACAUUCCAGCCAGGGGGAGAAAUGCGAAGGAAUGGAGGAGGUUGCUGAGCAGGGCCAGUGAGGGGUAUGGCCUUUGGAAAGUGGGUGGCCUGCAAAGAGCCUUGAGGAACAGAUGGAGAGGCCUGAAGGGCUGCAUUUGGCCCCCAGGCCUAAGGUUCCCAACCCUAUCCAAGUCCCUAGCAGAGGGGCUGGGACAACCAGAACCACAGGAUAGCUCUGCCUUCUCUCUGUGUAUACAUCAGUGUAGGCUAAUGUUCCUGGAGUCAGUGGAGCAGAAUGUGCAGGCCAGUCGGAAAUAAGUCAUACUGAGUUCAAUGGGGCCUACUCCCAAGUUAGCGUGUGUAGGACUACAAUGGAAGGAAAAGCUGAUGAUGGGCGGUACAAAACCUUGGCUUCGCCAGGGUCUUUUAGUCGGAGAAAAGAAAUUUUAUGCUUCUGGAUUACAUUUCAUUCCUCUAAGCUUGCUGCUGUAACAAGGGCAGGUGCAUAAGCUAGUUCACCCUCGCUCUUUGCACGGCAAGAGGCAGCAUGAGGCCCAUGAGUUUUGCUUGGUAAUCGGUGCUCUCUGGGGUGGGGAAAGUGGCUUUGGUCACACAACCUUCUUGUCACACCCAGGAGCCUCUGUUAUCUUGCCUUCGUAUAGGAAGCCCAUGUCAGGGAACUGAUAAUUCUAAUACCAAACUCUCUGGAGAUGCACUGAGAUAUGAAGCAGAGGAGAGGGUCUGGCUUGCCCAGGGGCGUGUAGCUGUCAGCUCGGUCAGGGAUGCUGCUGGGCAACAAGGUGGUUGAGGGACCAGCAGCAUCCCUAAUGUUCUGUCUGGUUGAACUCCCAAGUGCAGACUUUCCAAGCCAAUCCCAAUAUUAAGAGUUUUUCUGGUAAAGGGGAUGGUGGUUCUGUGGACAUAGGAACACACAGACGCUCUACCCCCAUGCAAUGUACCUUUGUGCUGUGCCAAGUGCCCAUAUGGGCACAGCUGAGGUAGGUUGUGCCUCCCAGCUCAUCCAACCAAGUCUCAGCAAGUCUUUAAUGAGCAUUCCUUCUGAUUUGUUUAUUGUGGAGGGCAGGUCAUAAGGCAAUGAGCAUUUGUCCUGAAUUCAUCCCAAUUUCUUUGCAGUGUGUUUACAUUUCUUUCCCUUUAUUUAUUUGUUCACCAGUGCAUUUCCUGACACUUUCCAAGCGGCAAAAAGUCUGGUGUCCUUUUUCUUUUUCAAAAAGUGGACUUGUUGCACUAGGACGACGAUUGAUUCAACCACUUUAAAUGCUAAAUAAAUAAAUAAAGCCUAAUGUUUUGGUAUGCAGCUGAACUAUUCUCUCAAAAUGCUGACAGUCUGGUGGCUCUGAAUGUGAUAAUCAAAGGCAGGUGUGGGGAACCCUUUGCCCCCCAGAUGUUGCUGAACUAAAACUCCCACCAUUGGCCGUGCUUCCUGGGGCUGAUGGGAGUUGUAGUUUAGCAACAUCUGGAGGGCCAAAGGUUCCCCACACCUGAUAUAAGGGACAGGGCCCAAGAUUUAUGUAGCACACACUGUGAUAUUUGUUUGGAUUUGAAUCUCCCAAUAAAUUUUGGGCUUUUCUUGAGUUGUA